AUGCCGUCUGAUGUGGACCAACCAACGGCCUCGUUUGCCCGGUCCGAGCUCCAACAAGCGGCCCCCAAAUCCAGCAUUUCCAGCUCCCUCAAGUCCCUCGUCAGUCGUCACCAACACUCCGACCAACAGGGGUUGCCGUCAAGCCCAGUCACACCAGCCAUCACAGCAUCACACAUCAGUGGGUUGGUAUCACACCACAGGUUCGCAGCAAACCAUACUACACCACAUCACACCACACCACACUACAAGCGCCCUUUCCCCCUUUCCCUUGCACAAACAUGCAGCACCACGCUCGUCCAUUCAGUGGCCGCUUGCAGUUUACGGCGCGUUUCUUCUCUCACCACCGACAUAGACCCCUUCGAGAAGGGCGGGAUGGCUGCUCACCUCAUGCAGGCCAGCACGUUAACACCGGCCGCCGACCAGCUCAACUACAACCCAACCAAGGAUAGGCACCUACACAUCGUUAUGCCUGGCGCGCUUGCGCUGCCCAUCAUCAUUACAACAUUCGGCCCGGAAACUCUAAAAAGUCUCAUGCAGGCAGCCAGCGGCUUCAUCGGACAUGUUCGCGACCGACUAACCCCGCCGACACCGAGAACCAUCAAUCACUUCGUCCGAAUGCUCUUCGGUGGAAGAAACUAUCCUGCUUCGAAUCAUUUCACCUACGAACGCUCAGCCUCCUUGUUCGACUCUCGAGAGCCUCGCCCGCCCUCUCGAGCUUCAGGUCAGUCGCGCACCGAGAUUGAGAGACUUUCUGAAACAGCUCUGCUGGUCCGCCCGUGCCGCCCUUCGCUCUCCAAGAUCUGCCUCCCUGGUCAAGGACACCCAGCCGGUGCCGCUGCCAAGGGUCCCGGCACCUGGCACUUCCAUGGGUAUCUCCACACUCGAAAUGACCUACGCUUCGCUUCCUCCGCCCACCAGCCUUACCUACCCCGCCACCCAUGUAAGAACGCGCAGAACCUCAGAGGCAAAAUCUACGGCCUACGGGCAAUUUCCAAGGGAAAAUACCCGGAUGCGACUUUGAGCGAAAACACUGCAGGCAGCCAACGACGUUCGAUGUUGUGA